GUUUAGAAGAAGAGUAUUGGGACAUUGUCUAGACUGAAAACUUAAUACGAUCAAAUUAUUUUCUGAAGGAUUAAGUUAUAAUUUUAUAAUCGGGGUACAGAUACUGAUGUUAAAAAUGACACCGAUAAAGAAUGACUCAAUAAAGAUUGAAUUAUUGAUAUAAAUAGUUGAAAGAUAAAUUUAAAGAUAAUGUUGGAUGAGGAACUUGAUACGACAUGUUACUUGUUACACUGACUGAUGUGGAUAUCAUAUUUUUUUUUAUUUUAAAUAAUUUUUUUUCGUGUUAAUUAAUAAAAAGAUAAUGCCUGAAAAAAUGUCUGGAAUAGAAACUAAAUAUAGUCCAGGUGAUAAUGUAUGGAUUAAAAGCUCUUUGAAAGAAGAGUUUGAUGUUCCUGUGGGAUGUAAAAUAAUUUCUGUUGACAAACGAGGAUUUCAAGUUCAAGAUGAUGAUGGAAAGAAAGAAAUGAUAAAUAAUGACCGAAUUCUUAAACUUAUGCAUUCUUCUUCAGUCUCUGGAGUUGAAGAUAUGAUAAAACUAGGAGAUCUUCAAGAGUACGCUAUUUUAAAAAAUCUUCAUAUUAGAUAUAAUCAAAAUUUAAUUUACACGUAUACAGGUAGUAUGUUGAUAGCGAUCAACCCUUAUAAAAUAUUGAAUAUUUAUACACCUAAAGAAGUUGCAAAUUACCGAAAAAAAAAUAUUGGAGAUGAGCCACCUCAUAUUUUUGCGAUUGGUGACAAUUGUUUUAUGGAAAUGCGGCGAUCGAAGAUAAAUCAGUGCAUCGUAAUCAGUGGAGAAAGCGGAGCUGGUAAAACUGAAAGUACAAAAUUAAUUUUGCAAUAUCUUGCGGCAAUAAGUGGAGAACAUUCUUGGAUCGAACAACAAAUCCUUGAAGCUAAUCCUAUUCUUGAAGCAUUUGGAAAUGCUAAAACAGUCCGUAAUGAUAAUUCCUCAAGAUUCGGAAAAUAUAUUGAUAUAAAAUUUUCAAAAAAUGGGUCAAUUGAAGGAGCAAAAAUAGAGCAGUAUCUGUUAGAAAAAUGUCGCUUAGUUUAUCAAGGACAAAAUGAAAGAAAUUAUCAUAUUUUUUAUUCGAUCCUCGUUGGCUUAUCUAAAGAAGAAAAGAAAAAAUUAAAUUUAGGAUCAUCUAAUGACUACAAAUAUUUAUGUGGCUCUGCCGAAUGUCAAGGACGAAAUGACGCACAAGAGUUUGCUGAUGUACGAGCGGCAAUGAAAGUAUUAAAUUUUAGCGAUGAAGAAUUUUUGAAUAUAAUCAAACUCUUAGCGGCCAUUUUACAUAUCGGCAAUGUGAAUUAUAAAUCAAUAAUAUUGGCCAAUAUGGAUGCGAGUGAGAUUAUUGAAGAUGUUUCCAUGAAAAUGUUGGUAGAAAUUUUGGGUGUCAAUAAUCGAGCUCUGAAAGAAGCGCUAACUCGAAAAACAAUUUUUGCUCAAGGAGAACGUGUUAUCAGUAAUUUAUCUAAAGAUCAAGCUAUUGAAGUAAGAGAUGCUUUUGUAAAAGCUGUUUACGGGAGACUUUUUAUUUUUAUUGUCAGUAAAAUAAAUGACACGAUCUUUAAGGCUAAAUCAAAUACCAAAAACUCAAUCGGAGUUCUUGAUAUUUUUGGAUUUGAAAAUUUCAUUCACAAUAGUUUUGAACAACUCUGUAUUAAUUAUGCUAACGAACAUCUUCAGCAAUUUUUCGUAAAACACAUUUUUAAAAUGGAGCAAGAAUAUUAUAAUCAAGAAGGAAUUUCUUGGAAGCAUAUUGAAUUUAUCGACAAUCAAAAUGUUCUUGAUUUAAUUGGAGUUAAGCUAGUAAAUAUUAUGGCUCUUAUUGAUGAAGAGAGUAAAUUCCCAAAGGGAACUGAUGAAACUCUGCUGGCUAAAGUUCAUCAAAUGCAUCACAAUAAUCAAAAUUACGUGAAACCCAAAUCAGAUUCAAUAAAAGCAUUUGGAAUAAAACAUUUUGCUGGAUCAGUUAACUAUGAAAUUGAAGGUUUUCUUGAUAAAAAUCGCGAUACAUUUUCAUCAGAUUUGAAACAACUCAUAACUAUAUCAUCAAAUGAUUUUUUGAAAUUAAUAUUCAGUCAAGAUUUGACUAAUGAAUCUGACGGUAAAAAACGAGUAUCGUCUUUGUCAUCCGAAUUUCGUAAUUCUUUAGAUUUAUUGAUGAAAACAUUGGAAAGUUGUAAUCCAUUUUUUAUUCGAUGCGUGAAACCAAAUGAGGAACAAAAACCAUCGUUAUUUGAUCGCUCACUUUGCUGUCGUCAACUACGAUACUCCGGUAUGAUGGAAACAGCAAAAAUCCGUCGCGCUGGAUAUCCAAUUCGUUAUGACUAUCCAGAAUUUGUUAACAGAUUUCGUUGUUUAGCAAGAGGUAUUUCUUCUAAAAUAAUACAAGAUGUUGCUGAAAAAAUUUGUACCAAUACUUUAGGAGUAAACAAUCAUAAUUAUCAAUUCGGUAAGACAAAGGUAUUUCUUAAGGAAGAGCAUGAAUCUAUUUUGGAACAACAGAGGAAUUUGGUACUCGCUAAAAGUGUUGUUGUUAUUCAAAAAAAUAUAAGAGCAUGGAUUUGUAAAAAAAAAUAUUUGAAGAUCAAGGCAGCAAUUAUUACAAUUCAACGAACUUGGCGUGGUUAUGGCCCAAGAAAACGUUAUUCAAUAAUGAAAUUAGGAUAUCAAAGACUGCAAUCAUGUAUACGAUCUCGAGUUCUUGCUUAUGAAUUCCGUCGAAAACGAAUAUUAAUAACAAAAUUACAAAUUUACUGUCGCGGUUAUCUUGCCCGUAGUAUUUUUAAAAAAAAAUAUCAGUGGCGAGAAAUGAAGUUGAAGGAAAUAAACGAUCUGUUUACUGAGGAUGAAAAGAAAUUGAAAGCGUCGGGAAAUAACAUGUGGAAAGAAAUAGCGAAAACUAAUUUUGAAAAACGAUUAGAAGAAUUACGUCAAUCACUUGUGAAUUUCGACAAAGAUAAUUAUAUUACUGAUAUUGUCAAAGAGUCUGAGAGUAAUAUAGAUACAAUAUUUGAGUUUUUAGAUAAUGAACCAAAGGUUUCUACCGUAAAAAAUUUACCAGCAGAUAUGUACGCGGAUCUUUCUACAAUUAAAAAAGAAGACGAAUUAGAUAAAAAAAGUGUUCUCGAAAUCCCAUUUGAAGACUUACCAAGUAUUGAUUUGUCAACUUAUCAUUUUAGUAAAUUUGCGGCAACAUUUUUUACAUCAAACGUAACACCACAUUAUUCUCGUAGACAUUUGAAACAAUCUUUAUUAGAUUUACCAUUAGCAGUUGAUCAAUUGUCCUCUCAAGCCUUGUGGAUAACUAUUUUAAGAUUCAUGGGCGAUCUUUCUGAGCCAAGAAAUCCCAUCGAAACUCCUGCAUAUAAAACCGUUAUGUCAACAGUAUCCGAAACAAUUUCAAAAAGUUUUAUGCGAUCAAAAGAGUAUGAAACUUUGAUAAAUGAACAGUCUAAACAAAAACAAAUUAUUCGUAUGACUUUAAAACGUCAAAGUAAAAUACACAAAGACAUCAGGCGGGGAAUUGUAGAAGAUAAUUUUGUAGAUGAAACAUAUCAAGACUGGUUACAAACACGAUGUUCUAAUUUAGACAAACUUCAUUUUAUUAUCGGCCAUGGUGUUCUCCGCCCGAUAUUACGUGACGAAAUUUACUGUCAAAUUAUGAAACAAUUGACUAAGAAUCCUAGUAAAGCAUCGCAUGCUCGUGGUUGGGUUCUUUUAUCUCUUUGUCUAGGUUGUUUUCCGCCUAGCGAACGAUUUGUUAAUUAUCUUCGAGCAUUUAUUAGCUCGGGACCACCAAACUAUGCUCCUUAUUGCGAUCAAAGACUUACCCGGACAAUAAAAAAUGGCGCGAGAACUCAGCCUCCAAGUUGGCUUGAACUUCAGGCUACUAAAAACAAAAAACCAAUUCAUUUGGAAAUAACUUUUAUGGAUGGAAAUUCGAGAAUAAUUGAAUGUGACUCAGCCAGUACUGCUGAAGAAAUUGUUAAUACUCUUGCUAAAAGUAUUUCAUUGACUGAUAUAUUUGGAUUUUCACUCUUUAUAACUCUUUAUGACAAAGUGUUGUCCCUCGGCGCUGGAAGGGAUCAUGUGAUGGAUGCAAUAAGUCAGUGUGAACAAUAUGCCCGCGAACAAGGGCAAUCAGAACGUUUAGCGCCUUGGAGAUUAUUUUUGAGAAAAGAAAUUUUUACACCCUGGCAUGAUCCAACUUUAGAUCCAGUUGCUACUAAUUUAAUUUAUCACCAAAUAAUCCGUGGAUUGAAACACGGAGAGUACAGAUGCUCUAGUGAAACAGACAUCGCAAUGCUAGUAGCUCAACAAUUGUACAUCGAUUACCAGACAAAAUUACCACCUGAAAAUAUUAAAAGUACAAUGCAUCUUUAUAUUCCUGAUCAUUUACUUCAAAAUUCCGUGCCUGAAGCUUUGUCCAAGUGGGAAAAACUGACAUUAGCUGCUUACAAAAAAAAUUCAAAUGUAAUUAAUGCUGUUCCAGUGUUGAAAGCCAAAGAAGAAAUAAUUUAUUUUGCUAAAUGCACAUGGCCAAUUUUAUUCUCCAGAUUUUACGAAGCAGUAAGAGUAUCAGGACCAGAAUUACCAGUCAAUAAUAUUAUAAUAGCUGUGAAUUGGACCGGAGUUUACUUUGUCGAUGAUCAGGAACAAAUGUUACUUGAGUUAUCAUUUGUAGAAAUUGCUGAAGUGACGAUUCAAAAAUUCGAUAAUACUUUAAUAAACAACUUAAUUAUUACAACAGUACAGAGAGAUGAGUACACAUUUAAGAGUAUGGAUGCUGAGGAUUUAGUUGGAUUAGUUAAUUACUUAAUUGACGGAUUAAAAGAAAAAUCCGUGUAUGUCGUAGCGACCCAAGACUACAUGAACGGAAUUUAUGGCUCAACAGAUGGCCAAUCUUAUCUGUCAUUACAGAGAGGUGAGCUCGUUAAGCUUAUUGGAUGUACCGGUUAUAACAUAUUGACUUCUGCCUGGGGCUAUGGAGAAUGUAAUGGCAUUAAAGGAGAAUUUCCGUCAGAAUGUGUCUACGUAUUACCAACAAUCACUGCACCUUCGUCAGUUUUAAUGGAAAUUUUCAAAAACGACUACACUACCAAAAACACAUUAACCAAAAAUAAAAAACAACCGUCAAAUACUAAAAUCUUUACUUUGAAAAAAUUUGCGCAAGAUAAUUUUAGACAGAGCUACAACAUAACACUUUCGAAAGGCUCGAGUAUAUCUUCCGCCAGAAGAACGGUGCCUGAAAAUCUUUGGAAACACACUCGUACGCCAAUAAAGGCUCCUUUGUUAAAUAAAGUCUGUGCAAAUAAAGAAAUGUUUCAAUUGGCACUGGAAACAUUUACAAGUAUACUGAGAUAUAUGGGAGAUUUACCGAACAAUAGACAAAAAAUAGGCACUGAGUACACAGAUAUUAUUUUUAAAACGACAUUAGAGCACGAUGAUUUGAGAGACGAAGUGUAUUGUCAAAUAAUACGUCAACUUACUGAUAAUAAAAUUCGUUUGAGUGAAGAAAGAGGGUGGGAAUUGAUGUGGCUUGCAACGGGUAUUAUGUCUUGUUCAACGAUUGUUCAAAAAGAAGUGAUACGAUUUUUGACAUGUCAUAAAACUGCAAUAGCCAAAGAUUGUCUUGAUAGAUUUAAUAUUAUUAUGAAAAUUGGGAAUAGAAAAUACCCGCCGUACAUCUUAGAAGUUGAAGCGAUAAGAUUUAAAAGUAUGAAAAUAUAUCAUCGUAUUUAUUUUCCAAAUGACAGUGACGAAGCAUUUGAAGUUCAUUCGUCGACACGCGCUUCGGAUCUUUGUGAUGAAAUAGUUGACAGAAUGCAAUUAAAAUGUAACGAUGGCUUUAGUUUAUUUGUUAAAAUAAUUGAUAAAGUAUUUUCUGUUCCAAACGAUUAUUAUUUUUUUGAUUUCAUAAACGAACUUAUUGAAUGGAUAAAACAAUCAAAUCCAACAGUUAAAUUAUCAAGUAUUACACAAGUGCAGUAUCAAAUAUUUUUUAUGAAAAAACUAUGGAUCAAUACUUAUCCUGGACGUGACCCCAAUGCUGAUGAGAUAUUUUAUUUCCAUCAGGAAUUGCCAAAGUAUCUUCGCGGUUAUCAUAAGUGCAGUAAACAAGAUGCCGUUAAAUUGGGCGCGUUAAUUUAUCGAAGUAAAUAUGGAAAUAAUAAGAAUGAAAUGUCUGAAUUGUCAAAUAAGAUAAGUGAAUAUGUACCAGCAGAUUUACUUCACGUUUACAGUAAAAGUGAUUGGAAAAAAAAUAUAACAAUUGCGUACAGUCUUAAUUCAGGAGUAAAUGAAGCCAAUGCUAAAUUGCUGUUUCUUCAGUAUAUAUAUCAGUGGCCGACAUUUGGAUCAGCAUUCUUUGAAGUAAAACAAUCAACGGAAGUUAAUUUACCGGAGUUUUUAAUAAUAGCUAUUAAUAAAAAUGGUGUUUGUGCAAUUCAUCCUCAAACUAAAGAUAUAUUGAUAAUGUGGAGUUUUACAGAGCUUUCAAAUUGGUCAUCGGGUAAUACAUAUUUUCAUAUGACGAUUGGUAAUUUUAUAAAAGGCCAAAAAAUUCUUUGCGAAACAGCUCAAGGAUAUAAAAUGGAUGAUUUAAUAUCCUCAUAUAUUUUUUAUUUUAAAAAUGUUCUUAAAAAUUAUUAG